AUGCGAGAUAUUACUAAGAUAACUCCUGAGGAAUACCUUGAUUGUUUAGAAGGAGGUGAUGAUAGGCUGCUUAGAGAACAGCAUCAGGAAUUUUUGGAGGAAGCAAAGGCAAAGAAAGGAGAA